AUGGGGGCGAUCGAGCGAGAGCUCAAUGCCCACGAGGCUACAUGUCGAGACUGUGAAAGACGCGGUAUCCGUGCACGCAGAGCGCCUGCCCAAGCCCCCAUUCCUGACAUUGACCGCUCCACGCCACGACCACUCGAUGUCCCCGGUGUAGAACCGCAGCAAAACCCGGAAAACACUCCCGAGCCGGAGCAAGACAACGAUGACGAUCCGCUGAACGAGCUGGCCCUUGGUGCGGCCAUCGAGGACAUUCAGUCCAGCGUCGCCCAGCGCAAGUCGGCCACUCUCUACUACAGAGAGGAUAGCUGGCACAACCUUGGCAUUGACCGCUUCCCCCGCCCGACACCACCACCCAGAUUGCCCAAUCCCACACACCCAUUCUGGCCCGCCGAUGACACGCUGUACGACGAGUAUGAGCAGUGUCCAACACAAGAGGACUUCGUGCCCUUCAACAAUACUCGCGAGAUGGAGUACCUGCACACCUACCAUCUCUUCGGCGACAGCUUCUAUCAGCGGACAAGCGAACGCAGUACCUGGACGAUGUUCAUUGACUACGGAAACAGACUGCUGCCCUGCUAUGGCAAUAUGUUCUACCUGAACGCGCCCAUGCAGCCUCUCGACCAUAUUCUCUGUGUUGGCACCCCCAGCGACUACAAACCUACAGCGCAGCUUGGUGCCGCCACCGAGGAGUAUUCCCUCAGCCGUGGGCUUGCAAGCGCUGUGAAAAUCAAGAUCACGGAUGUCACUGAAAUGGGUUUUGAGGACAUGCUGUUCCACGCAGGUGCUCUUCCAGGGACGGACGAGGCACGCGACAUCUUUGUGCGUGGUCGAGCGGACAAUGACGAGAAAUACAUCCAUGUCAACCCAGAACAGGAUGGCGAAGUGCUGGGACCAGACGACAUCGACGUCUCCGUCGACAUUGACAGCCUCAUCUGGGUGACAGACAAGCUUACCUUCAAGCUCGGCGUCAAGGUCCACCUCACUCCCUCUAUUGGUCCCAUGGCCAUUAUCCCUAGGUCGAACCACGUCUACGUCCAUCUCCUCAUGCCCCCAUCGGACCCGAACGGCCUAGUGGGCGGACGCUCAGAGUGGAUCGAGAAGCGCAUACCCCUCAGCAACAUUCCGCAUACCCGCUUUGCAUCCGUCGUGGAGGGACAUGGUCCGUUCACAGCCUACAUCUUCUUCCCUCGUAUGCGCCACAAGAGCGAGUACACGAACCGUUGGCAGGUCAUGAUGCCCUACGAGCUCCAGGAGAUGCUAUACGAGCAAGUCAUCAUCCCAGCUGUGCGCACCGUCCUCGGUCCAGAGACUGAGCCAUACAUUGGCUAUACAGUCCAGGAGUUCAAGCUCAAGUCUGCAUCCAAGUCGCACCGAAAGGGCAACCCAGCUCGUGGCAAGGUGGUCGAUGUCAGGCCCACAGACCUCAUCCGCAUACAGAAAGAGAUGAGGAGCCUCAUCGAAAACAGCCCUACAGGUCUAUUGGACCGCUUCGGCUCGUUCUUCUUUGUUCUCGAGGGCAAGGGCACCAAGCUUGCGUCCCAAGUCAACCUGUCUCGUUCCCAAGAGAAUCCAUGGGAGCUGUUUCAGAAGUCGUACCCUGUCCUCGAUGCGCCCGCCAUGCUCAGCUAUACCCGGGGAGAGCUGCUCGUCGACGUAGGCUUUUGCUUUGUUCCACGGGCACCAAAUCCGAUGGUCGGCCUAUGGCACCUUGAUGCGCUCGAGGCAUCGUACGGGCGAGGUGGCUACAGCCGAGGCACCAUGCACACGGGCAACACCCUCGCUCGCUAUGGCGGUAUGCAGGCCGAGAUGCUCCAGGCAAGGGCGGAGCGCACCCACAUCGCCUUUCGAUCCUCGUACAAUCUCUAUUACGAGGCAACACGCACACAUGACAACCGUCCCAUCUUUGCAACAGACGGUGAUGCCUACAAUCUCAACGAGCCAUGGUCCACGGACUGCAACCGUCUUCUGGAGCUCUAUAAAGGCUCUGCACCGUCAAACUCGUAUGGAGUGCGCGAUGAGUACCGCAUUGGAGGCAGAGUGGUUGAGCAGCUCAUGACGUCGUGUAGGGAGAUGGCAAACACCUUCAUCCUGUCCCAGCCAAUUCUGUGGGUCACGUCCGACCUAUGGUUCAGAUGGCUGUCUCGCCGUCUGGAUGAGCUCAUGGCUGUUCAAAUGUCUCUUUACCGCACACGGCCUACAAACUAUGGUCGCAUCACUGGCGUGCUGACCCACCUCAUCCGCUCCGUCGAGACCACGCCUAUCAUCGUUCCAGGGCAUGUCCUGCGCUCCCUCGGCGACCUCCAGAUGCGCCAAAAUCGGUCCCGGUUUGGCAUGAUGUUUCUCCACAACCUGAACAUGACCUCGCCAGAGCUCGCCCUCAUGGACAUCGAGGACUUUGACAGCCAAGACGUCCUUGCCGCUCUCAAGAUUCGAAAGAAGUUCAACCCUCGCACCAACCCCGCGAACUCUGGUCCCUCGAUCGCAUAUCCACUCGGCGAGUAUCCGACCUGGAAUGCAGUCCAGACUGCGGUCCGAGACGAGCCCUGGAAUAUCAUCCGGCAGUAUGACAUGCGGUACCUCCCUCUGCUCAUCAUUGUCCGUCGCGCAUUCCAGUCCUUUACUGCGCAGAUGUGGGACAUGCUAAAUGAGAUCUACUUCACGUCGAGAGGCGAACCGGAAGUGACCACUCUGGAACAGGCAAUGAAGGCAUGGUCAUUGGGCACCGUCUUCGACUCGAUUACAAAAGUCAGCUGGGACGCCAUCAACACAGGAUGCUGGAAAAACAUCCGUGGCCCGAAAGAGGUGUCUUUCAAGGACAGGGUCAAGAUGUACUUUCCCGAGAGCCAGGAGAUCGCCUCCAAUUCGGCCGCACUCCGCCCCUUCUACCUCCUCAGGACAGGCUACCUCUCCCGCUUUUGGCGUGACAUCACUGAGCUUGACGAAGAAGAGCGUCAAGACGUGUAUGACGAGCUGGGUGAAAUCUUCUCGAGUAUUCAGUGUCUUCCGGCUACUCGUAUCAGCCGUAACGAUGGGGCCAUUCUUCCGGGGAAUACAUGGCAAACCAUGAACGGCUCCAUACGCAUUAUCACAAACCCUGCGCACUACAUGAUCAAGGGUAUUGGCGAGGAGCGGAAUGCUCGCAGAGCGCAGCGGAGCUCUAGGGCAGUGGUCUCGGAGCAUGCAGCUCUCGAGCGCCAGCUGGAAAGGCAGGCUGUGCCGCAGAAGGACAGGGGGAGGAUGAUCAAGGCGGCCAUCGGCAGUAAAUCAACCAGGGAAAAGAAGAUGGAGGAAAGGCGGUCUAAGAAGUCGAAGAAUAUGCGGGCGCCGCCAGGUGCUAAGAAGCAGGGCUCGUCGUCAAGUUCGAGUUCAAGCACCAGUGGAGAUGGGUAUUAUUUGGAUGAAGAGGGUUCAGAAUAG